AUGACCUCAUGCUUGGCGACAGCAGCGAGGGGAAGCAGAGUCUGCGGUGACCUCAUCGCCAGAUAUCGCUGUGGAAACAUUGAUUCAUCCUGCGAAAAACCAGACCCCCGAGAGCCGCUAAAGCAGCUCAUGACAUCACCCUCGGCCCCUGCUGAUGAUGUCAUGCGCGGCUCCUGGCAGCGUCCGAGAUUCGCUUUUUCCCUGCAGGCCAACAUUCGCCUCCUGGACAGGAUUAACAGGAGCGCUUUUACUUUUACGAGGACGGAGGCCGUGAAAGCUGCGUUGACGGAGCUUGGGCUUAAUAUAGUGGAGAUGAGCGAUGAAUCAGCCAUGCUGGACGGAGGAGACGUCCUGUUCACAGGUAGAGAAUUCUUUGUGGGAUUAUCCAAGAGGACCAACCAGAGGGGAGCGGAGAUCCUGGCCGACGCAUUCAAGGACUACGCCGUGUCCACGGUUCCCGUUCAGGACGCACUGCAUCUGAAGAGUUUCUGCAGCAUGGCCGGACCAGGUCUCAUCGCCAUCGGAUCCAGCGAAGCCGCGCAGAAAGCCCUGAAGAUCAUGCAGCAGAUGAGUGAUCAUAAAUAUGAUAAGCUGACGCUUCCAGAUGAUUCGGCUGCAAACUGCAUCUACAUGAACCUGCCGGGUAAAGGAGACGUCCUGCUGCACUGCACACCUGAGGAGUUUCCUGAGAGCACCAAGGUGUUUGAGAAGCUGAAGGAUCACAUGCUCAUCCCAGUGACCAAUCAGGAGAAAGCGAAGGUGGAUGGAGGGCUGACCUGCUGCUCGGUGCUCAUUAACAUGAAGAAGAACAUCUGAACCACACGCAGAAACACUCAAAAUAAAUCAGAUCGUUUCAUCUGAACGGAAGACAGUAUAAAACUUAUUUCAGGUCUCAAACCUGUUGCUUUAUCAUAUGUGAGGAAAAUAAAGUACAUUUAUUUUUCUAACCAGCAACAUUGUGGUCUUAGCUGGUUUAACUAGUCUCCAGACCAUACUGACUAGUUUAACCGGCUCGGUCAGGAUGGCCCUCUAGCUAUUUACUUUUUUUAGCAACAGUGAGUUAAAACUAUUACAAUUGUUAUAAAAUCUAAUUUGCAUGACAAAAAUUGCCCUAAACCUCAAAAUGUAGCUGUAAACUGCUAAAAUCAUCUGGAUCCACUCAGAACGACUGA